AAUGACUGUCUGGAUGGCAUAGUUCAUUCUGAGUUAAAGUCACUGGGAGUCGCCACAAGAGGGAGGGACUUAAACACGGAGGGACAAUGCUUGUGUUUUUGCAACGGCCCCUGAGUGGCUGCUGGCUCUGUCGGAUCUCUUGUGCCUGACUACGGCCGCUGCACACAUUGUCAGCGUGCAGACGGGGGAAGUGGACGGCUGGAUCUGCCCGGUCAAUGCACUGACAGAGGGAAGGGUGUGAAGGUGAGCACGCCGUGGACAGUUUAUCCUGAAACUUUUGCGGCAGAGAGAGGAGAAUUGGAGGAAAUCAGUUAAAGUUUGGCCAAAAUGGCCGACAAGAAAGUGAGCCUCCCUGCUAAGCUGAUUAAUGGGGGCGUGGCUGGACUGGUGGGAGUGACCUGCGUGUUUCCCAUUGAUCUCGCCAAGACCCGCCUCCAAAAUCAGCAGAGUGCUCGUGUUUAUAGUGGAAUGUUGGACUGUUUGACAAAGACAAUAAAAAUGGAGGGCUACUUUGGCAUGUAUCGAGGUGCAGCUGUGAAUCUUACACUGGUCACACCAGAGAAAGCCAUCAAACUGGCUGCCAAUGAUGUCUUCAGACAGAAGCUCUCCAAAGAUGGAAAAUUAGCUCUGUGGGGGGAAAUCCUCGCAGGCUGUGGAGCCGGAACCUGUCAGGUGGUAGUCACCACCCCCAUGGAAAUGCUAAAAAUACAACUGCAGGAUGCUGGCAGGUUGGCUGCUCAGCGGACUGUCACUGCCUCUGCCGCUGGUCCGACCCCUUCAUUGGUUGCCUCUCAGUCAGCACAGCCGAGCACCAAUGCCCCUCCUCGAACCUCAGCAACCCGUAUCACCCUGGAGCUUCUUAAGACUCGAGGCCUCAGGGGUCUUUAUAAGGGUGCUGGUGCUACACUGAUGAGGGACGUCCCGUUUUCCAUGAUCUACUUCCCGCUGUUCGCAAACCUCAACGCCGUGGGCCGAACUGAGGAUUGCCAUAGUAACCCCCAGGAGCGGGCCCCCUUCCUGCAGUCUUUCGUGGCUGGCUGCACGGCCGGCUCAGUGGCAGCAGUAGCGGUCACUCCCCUGGACGUUAUAAAGACUCGCCUACAGACCUUGCAGAAGGGCGAAGGAGAGGACUCCUAUAGAGGCAUCAUUGACUGUGCACAACGCAUUUUAAAACGAGAAGGACCAGCUGCGUUUCUUAAAGGAGCAACGUGUCGAGCUUUAGUCAUCGCUCCACUCUUCGGCAUCGCUCAGGGUGUGUAUUUCCUGGGCAUCGGCGAGCACGUGCUGGGGCUGCUGGGAUAGCAGCAGGUGACGUUCCCUCAGUAAUCAUACACACAGUACUGUUUCUACAUGGGCCAAGGGAUAAAGGAAGAUGGUGAUGGAAAAAAAAGAAGGUGCCAGACUUUAUUUGCGAUGAGGUAAAUACUGAGAGAAAUUCACAUACCCAAAGGAGGUUCAGACCCUUUGGGAAAACAGAGGCUUGUGUAACGCUAACAUAAAAGCUUAUAUUGCACAAUAACUGUUUAAGUACCUAAAAACUAAAAAACAGGGUUCUUUAGGUAAGACAGGGUCCCGUUCUGACUAAUCUGACAGGGUUUUUUUUUGUCCUCAGUGUCUUGUCCAAUUAAUAUUGUUUUUAAGCCGAUAGUUACAAUGAGUUUUAAACCAACAUGAUUUGUGAUAAUUGAUUUAUUGAUAAUUGAUUUAUCGAGGUGUAUUUAAAUUGCAGAAAGGUAUGGAAGCCCAUUUUCACAAAGAAUUGGACAAUUGGGAUUUUUUCCCCCCUCUGAAUUCUGAGUUUACAUUUCACAAUUUGUUAUUCCUGCACCAAAUUAAAAAAUACAAAAGGCAUUAUCUCACAAUUUUGAGUUUGUCUUAGAAUUGCAAGAAGGAAAAAAAAGUCUGAAUUUUGUGAUAAAAAGUUUCAGCUACCUUUUACAUUUUUUAAUGCUGUGGCAGAAACAGGCUUGCAUAGAAAGAAGACUUGAAUCAAAGUUGAGAUGGAUUUGUUUCUUCUUAAUAUAUGUUUUGGCUCUCUACUGUUGAUUACCACCCAUUUAAACAGCAAAAAGUAAGCAGAAACUGGGUUUAGUGUCUGCUGACCUCAUCUGGCUGCUUCUCUCAGUAAAUCUCAGUCUCUACACGUGAAGAGAUUGCUGGACUUCGCAGUGGAUGCCUUGUCCUCCUGUUUUAUGUUCCUCUGUGGGAUUAAAUUCCUUGUAGGCUAUAUAAUGUUGGCAAAUUUUUUUUUUUAAUUCUUCUUUAAAUGAUUUUGUUGAGUGCACAAUAAAUUCAAAAGCAUCAAAGCCUUAUCCAUGCCACUCAAGUUAUGUAUAUAUAGUUUAUUCUUAUGUAGAAAAUUUGUGGUUACAUUUUUUUUUUUUCACAUUUGGUAGAAAAAGGGUAAAGUGAAAAAUAGAGAAAUGAGAUCUUGAAUAGUUUCAUUUUGAGUGUACUCCUAUAGAAAAAGAAAUUAAAAAUUGCUGUUAUUAAAAAUACAGUUUUAAUAAUACCAAGAAUACGAUAUUUUUCAAAGUAUGCAGUGGCAUAUUCCUGGAAGACAAGAUUUGGUUUCUGAUAAAUAUUAUCUCAGAAACUUCCUAUUCAUAUAUUAUACUAAAUUGUAAAGCAACAAGAAAUCUGUAAAUUUAAAUAUGCAAGACUGAUAUCUGCUUACUAAUUUGCAUCUUGUAUAUUUGAACUCCACAAGAGGGCAGCAUGUUUUUAAUGUUAGAGGGAUAUGUAGCAUCUUUAAACCUCUUUCAAAUUUCUGACUUGAUGUAACCAAUAAGCAAUGUUUUGUUUCUAUUGUAAUGAGCACAGAAAUGCUUCAGAAUAAAAAUAAAAUAUAUUUAUUUCGCU